AUGUUGCGAGAAUUCCAUCACGGACGCGGACAGGUAUUUCAACAAACACACGCUGAGGAGGCGAAAAAAGCGGCGUUAAUAGAGAACAUAAUGGCAUUUAAAUUUGAUUGGCCGAAAUUCAGCGCAGAAUUCUUAGCAGAUGCGAGGACAACACUUGAUAGCGCUUUGAAUAAAGGACCAAAGCCACCAAUAAUCGCUGACAGGAUAGUCGUUGAGGAUUUGAAUAUGGGGACUAUUCCACCUGAGCUUGAGAUAUUAGAAAUUGGGGAAUUAUCAGUGGAUAGGUUCAGGGGGAUAUUCAGAAUGAAUUAUACAGGCGAUGCACAUAUUGUCUUGCGAACGAAAGUACAAGCGAAUCCACUGACAACUAAAGGCUCAAAGCCUGGAUUACUCGGUGGAAGAUCAAUUCUAGCAGCUCAUCAACCUCUCGUUGUCCCCAUGCACCUACGCUUAUCUGCAUUGCGUCUUCGUGCGAUUGUCGUACUCGUCGUCAGCAAACAGAAAGGUAUCACUCUUGUCUUCAAGAAUGAUCCUCUCGAGAACCUCGACGUAAGCAGCACUUUCGAUUCUAUCGCUGUCAUACAAAAAUUCAUUCAGCAGCAAAUCGAAGGUCAGCUUAGAGAAAUGUUUAGAGAGGAUUUGCCGGGUAUAAUUCACAAAUUGUCUCAACAAUACUUUGCUAAAAAAGAGUCUCAAGCUAAUCAAAAACCUUCUGCCGCUCCUAAGCGUGCUGCCAUGUCCGCAAAUGGUGAUUUGGAAUCUUAUCAGACGCUAUAUGCAAGUAAAGUUGAAAGGGGUCCAAGAAGUGUAAAUAUACCUAGAAGAAGUAACAGGCUAUCUACUCAAUCUCAAUCUGAAGCUUAUUCUCCUACCUCGUCCACUUUCCCCGAUCUUGAAUUCUAUGAUCCAACAUAUGGUCUCAGGCCUCAUCUCAAUUCCCUACAACUACCACCAAGUGAGGAUGCAUUCGGUCAGCUAUGGGAACGUAGCCGCAGCUUCAGUCAUAAUACUGACAAGCGCGAUGACCUCGAUGACAUUGAUAUAUUCGAUACUCCAGCUCAACCUUCGCCCGGACUGUUUGAGCCAGAAGAUGACGAUGUAGUAUCUCAUAGUCUUCGCCGGAUGCAGCUUGGUCAAGACGAUGAGGUUGAUGAUGAUCAGGUGGAAGAACUGCGAAGUAUUGACGGUAUUAGCAGGCCGGGGCUGUGUAAAGCAAGUUCUAGCUCUUUAAGAUCACCAAGUAGCGACGUAACCUCAUUAUUAAGCGGCAAGACAGCAACAGCUAGAGCUACGUCGAGUUACAGCAAGAAUACCCACUUGACUAUGGAUAGCAAAUCAACACAAUCAGAUUCACGCACCAACUCCUUUGCUGAUACGUCUGUUGUCGAGGAUUCGACCGCGCCUACUUCGAUAUUCGAAGAAGAGAAGAGUGCGUCUUUAUCUAUCAAGCCGUAUAACUUGAGCACCUCGCCAAGCUUCCAAAAGAACAUACAAUAUUCAGAUGGCGGCAAAAUGGUAGUGAUGGCACCAGUAAAUGAGAACGUCAACGAGCUUGCUAAAUUGUCACAAACCAAUUUGACACUCUCACCUAACACGAGAGUGUUUGAGCGAUCAACAGUGAGGAGCUUCCCUCAUACGUUUAAAAGGAAUAGCAAAGGAACACAGAAAGCCAGACGCAAGAGAGUGCACAGAUUGGGUGGGAAGAAGGAAGACAAGAUGGAUAACAAGGAUCUAGCCAAUCCACCGCUUACUUCAGCCACCUCACCGACCUCAACCGCGUCACCAGCCUUACCAUCGCCUAUUGUACCAACACCAGCACACACUGUCGAUAAAAGCAAAAAUAUCAAAUUGGCUCUAUGGGCUCGAGAGGCCUCGCUACAAGCACCCAAGCCUCCUCCUUCUGUAAUCACUACAUGA